UGUCUCCUGAACCUGUCUCUGGUUCAUGCUCCUGCUUCACCUCACCAGUCCUGACUGAGGGGCCGCCCUCAUACGCAAGUCCUCCGGUCCUGGUUCCGUCCGUCCAGCCAUGUGCCGCAGGACUCCAGGGUGCAAGGCAGACCCGAGGAGUGAGGAAGAGGAGCAGUUGGCUUCGUCACACGUGGGAUUCACCUGCCUGGAAGGCGAGAAAUUCUAUCAGACGCAGAUGACUUGGUGACAGCCCCUCGCGGCAAUGGAGGAACAAAUAAGGCAGCCUGGAUGAGGACUUGGGCGUUUUGGGUUUUCUGUUCACGCUCCAAAAACUAAAGCCGGGCAUUUAAACUGAUGUCUUGUCUUUCUUUUGGACUCUUCUGCUCCUCGUCUGCAACUUUGGAUGGACUUUAAGGAGAGAUUCGUGCAGUGUUGCAACUAUUGAAGAGACUAAGUCAAAAGUCUGUUCCAGGGUUUUGAAUGGAUUGCCACCAUUGCAAAGAACGCUAAUAGAACUGUGCCGUCAGAAAGCUGUUAGACCAUGUUUGGUCAUGGUUCAAUUUCAAGUGAGCACAAAAGUACUCCAUGAAAUUAAGGCAUUUGUAAUCAAAACAAGCGACUGUUUUAACUACAAGGGCAAAGAAAAUGCUAAAAGACUUUAAAGCUGGGAUGAAGGUCGAUUAGUUGUGGUGUUCCUGUGGACGAUGGAUGAACUUCCGCAUUCCUGUUUGAGUUUUGGACCAAAUUUCCUGUGAAGUCGAUCGUCCAGGCAGCAUGUACUCUCUGCAAAACCGUCCCACAGACUGGAGCUCGGCGCAGCCCAGCUUCUCUCCGCCCCAGGAAAGACUCAACGCCACGCCCGGCCUCAGCGGCGCCCUCAUGCUGUCGCCCCCGGUGCAGUCCGCCCCGGGCCACACCCUCCCGUCCCUCAACGAGCUGGCCGACCUGGAGAGCAUGCUGCUGUGGACGCUGCACGAGCCCAGCACCAUCGCCCUGAUGCUCAUGUACUGCCUGUCCUUCGUUCUGGGCUUCGUGGGCAACCUGAUGUCCCUGCGCGUCCUCACCAACAGACGCAGCCGGCGGCUGGCGGGCAUCAGCGCCACCCGCACCCUGCUGGUUAACCUGGCCGUGUGCGACCUGGCCGUGGUGUGCGUGUGCAUGCCCAUCACGCUGGCCAGUCAGAUCUACACCGCCUGGGUUUACGGGGACCUCCUGUGUCGAGCCGUGCCCUUCACGCAAGCCGUCUCCGUGUCGGCCAGCGUUCUGACGCUAACCGUCAUCAGCGUCAACCGUUACUACAGCGUCCGCUCGCCGCUGAGGGCCCGCUCCAUGUUCACACGUCGACGCAUCCUGGCAACGGUCGGCGUGGUGUGGGCUGUAUCGUCCGUGAUCUGCGCACCCAUCGCUGUGAUGAACCGGCGGCGCGAGAUCAGCUUUGGGGCGUUCGCCAUCUUGGUUUGUCAGGAGGAGUGGCCUAAGCCUCGCCUAAAACAAGGAUACAACGUCCUGCUGUUCGCCAUGCUCUACUGCCUGCCCGUCACCUUCAACCUCACCCUGGGAUUCCUGACGGGCCGCCGCCUCUGGGCCGGCAAGAAGUCCGCCUUCGCCGACCUGGACCCCCGCAGCCGGGCUCUUCACGCCUCGCGGCUGAAGACCCGGCAGAAGAUCGCCAAGAUGGUGGUGUGUCUGGUGCUGCUCUUCGCCGCCUCGUGGCUGCCGCUCUACUUGGCCGACCUCUGGAUCGACCGCGAGCAAAGGCCGCCGUCUUGGCUGCUGCAGACGCGGCCGUUCGCCCAGUGGCUGGGUCUGACCAACUCCAGCCUCAACCCCAUUUGCUACUGCUUCAUCGGCGACCUGUACCGCUCGGCCAGGGUGAUCCGGACGCGCUACUACCAGAAGGUGGCGACCCUCUUCGGCACCACUUCUUUCUCAAGCUCGGUGUCGCCGGCGGCGGCCGUGCCCGUCGUCGCCGUAGGUCCGGACAGCAAAGCGAGCGCCUCCGAGCGAGGCAACAUCGCCGCCGUAGCCGUGUCCGCCUCCAUGGCGACCAUCCCUCGCUUGCUGAGCUUGGCGCGGGGUCGGGGACCGGCCCGCUUCGGAUCGGAGCACAGCAUCUCGGACUGGUGCCGCUCCAGUCCGAGCGUGGGCGACAGCGGCGCCUUGUUUCCCUGCCCUGUGCGCACGCCCGACCCGGCCGCGCAGAAACAAGACUUCCUCCCCGCCAGGAGACACUCGGCCAACGAGAACUUCGGCACGCUUCCUACGAGAGCCGGGCGGGACGCGGCGCCGGCGAGGAGUCACUCGGGGGAAGGCUAUCUGCAGAGUGCGGCGAUAACAGAGAAAUCAUUAGCGCGGCUUUUGUUUUGA